UAGAGAGCAAUUUCAUCAGCUGAAAGUAUGGCUGGAAAGGAGGUGGCUAUAGAGGUUAAAGGAGAGAGAAGAUUUGAAAGAAUCCUCUAAAGGAGUAGGAGAAAAGAAAAUUUCCUAAAUGAAUUGUGGGUCAGGAGAAAAUGUCUAUUUGAGAUUAGCAGGCUCCUUGAGAACAGGGUCAAGACUUCCACAGACCCAGCAAAAUUCCUUGCAUAUUAAAGGAACAGAUGCUGGACGGGAGACUGGCAAAUGCACAUUUUAUUCUGGCUGUGACGUUGAUGCUAUGGAGUUCAGGAAAAGUACGCUCAGUGGAUGUAGCAACAGAGGCUUUUGAUUCUGGAGUCAUAGAUGUGCAGUCACCACCCACAGUCAGGGAAGAGAAAUCAGCCACUAACCUGGCAGCAAAACUCUUGCUUCUUGAUGAACUUGUGUCUCUGGAGAAUGAUGUAAUUGAAACAAAGAAGAAAAGGAGCUUCUCUGGUUUUGGGUCUCCCCUGGACAGACUCUCGGCUGGCUCUGUCGAUCAUAAAGGUAAACAGAGGAAAGUAGUAGAUCAUCCAAAAAGGCGAUUUGGUAUCCCUGUGGAUCGGAUUGGUGGAAACCGUCUCUCAAAUUCCAGAGGCUAAUUGAUUCCAACUACACAACUUCCCUGGGUGAAAUCACAGAAACAUGGAAGAUGCUUCAGUGAAGUUCUUUACACUCCUUAAUGAUUAAACUUUUAAGGAACUGA